CAGGGAAAUAUGCAGUUCCAAAAUAUAUUUAAAUCACUAGCGCUUUCUGGAUUUUAACAUCCAUCCUCAGGUGAAUACAAAUAUUGAAUACAAAGUUGUUUAUCUUAGAGACGUCUAUUGUGACGUGAUGACGUCACGAUAGUCACACCCGUUUCGAGCCCUAUUUCUUGAUCAGGUAAACGAAGUAAUCCAUAGUCAAAAUCAGUGUGCCAAGAACGGCCUAGUAAUCGGUUUGAAACACGCCAGACAGCAUUUGAUCCAAUGAUAGCUUAUAUGGGUAAUCAAUAUCAUUAUAAGGACCAUAGAAUUUAUGAAAUGCUGACUUUAAACGAGGUUGUACAAACCCCUGUAACAAUGUUGUUUUCAUGGUUUGAUUAAUUCAUUUAUUUAUUUUAUAUCUGGAAGCCCAGAAUGAGUUGCUUCUAUAUUUUACACUCUGUCAUUCCGGGAAGUCCUUAUAAAUCAUCGCAUAAAAUCGUAAAUUCAUAUUACAUAUGCAAUAAAGAAUAAAAAUGAAACGUAUUGAUUACAGUAAUCAAUACUGAUAUUCAUAUAUCUUUUUUAAAAUCUUUUAAUCAGAACAUAUAUGCACAUUAUUGAUAAAGAUUUAUUGUACUGAAGCUAUAAAACAUGAUCAAAACUUUUCUUUAUAAACUAUUCUAUAAUUAAUAUACUCUGAGCAUAGAGAGUAAAGGGGACCCUCUCCCCUUCAAUCUCUGCUCGGGGUAUAAUGACACAAGUACACUUAUUCACUUUAUCAUCAAAUGGAAAUAGACAAGUUUUCAGUUAUAUGCAUGCAUACAUGUUUCAAAAGGAAAACAAAAUCACAUGAUGUAGAAAAUUAUUACUUGUGUGGACAGACUGCAUGGACUCCAUGUAUUACAAGCUAAUCAAGAGUAACAAACAAAACUAUCGGUUCCUGUGAGAUGUCAACCACAGGGGCUUGUCUUCCUGAUUGUGGAAAAUUAAAAAAGAAAAGAAUCCUCAUUAAAAUCACCUAUGAAGUCGUUCUGAUAAAGGUAGCAGGGGACAGUUUCGCACAAUAUAGGCCCGGUCAACUUUCUUUAAAAAAAGGGAAUACCCCAUAUUUGAUGUGUGAAAAUGUAUGGAAUAAUUUUAGGAUACAUGCCAAAUGUAGCUAAGAACUUAAUAAAAAUGUUAAUAUACAACAUGUAGGUGUCACCAUGAUUCCUACCAUAUAGAUGGAUGCAAAUACGAAACUAAGACACAUGGUCAGUUGCUGAGGAAAUUCCGAUGAAAACAUGCAUGGUCCAGCAAAAGGUGUGUAGCUGAGAGGGAAGGUGGAUGGUCCCACAUAAAAGCUAGAUUUUUAAGAAGGGAAGAUUUCUACAGUGGCUAAGGUGUGGAUUAGCCCAAAUGAGAGAACAUCAAACCAAAAAUGGGCACCUGCUCAGAACAUGUUUUGUGCACCAGCACCAGUAUUUAUAGAUUACAUGUAAUUUAGAGUCAUAAUUUAUAACAUGUAACUACACCAAUAUGAAAUACAGUAUUGACAUAAAACGGAAAUAUUUUUCAUUAGUCUGUCAUAGUAUGACUUUGAUGUAUACCCCCUAUACACAUAUUUCAGAACCAAAACACUGUCCCCUGCCACCUAAAGAUGCGGACACGUUUAGGUAAUUCAUACAUCGCUUAAUUCCGGAAGACAAGCCCCUGUGAUGUCAACAGAUUAAUAGUAGUAUUAAAAAUAUCAACACAAUUACAACAUUGCAAACAUGGGACAGUUUUCAAAGUUAUUUCACACGAUCCUCCAAUUCUUCUUCGUCUAUCCUCGCCACAAUAAACCGAGACACGGCCUUGUCACACACCGGACAGCGCAUCAUGGCGGGAGCACAAUCCAAACAGCACACGAGAUGACCACAGGGAAUAAAAACACAGGCCACGUCCUCAUCAACACACACUUUACAAAUGAUCUGUUCCCUCAGCUUAUUGUUAGCUUCUCUCAGUAUUUCUGUGCAAGAAUCUUUAUUCACAAAAAGAAAGUAAACUAUGGACGUUUCAAAAUAUUUCCUGAUGUUAAUUCAAACAGCUUUUUUACUUUCAAAACUGAUAAAUGGAAACAUUAAUAAGACCCUAUAAUCUUUAAAGUAAUAUUAAAUAUUACAUUUUCUUUCAUGUUUUACUAACCUUUAAGCAUUUUCAGCUUCUAGAAUGUACCAAAGAGUUCUUUCAAUGAUAUGCGAUCGAUAGUAAUCUAAAUAUAGACGGGGGACUUGUAUAUUUUAUAACGGGAAACCAAGUGGACGAAACCUGCAAAAGGAGUUCGAACAGAAUAUCUGAGUAGAUUCGGACACAAAAUGACCACCCAGCAGCAGCCAAAUUCCCCAUGCAGGUUCCCGGAGUAUGCGGACAAGAAUAGGAGACUGGCCUCUUUCUGGAACUGGCCAACGACGGCAAUCCAAACCCCGGAACAAUUAGCCUCGGCAGGAUUUUUCUAUACAGGUUCUUCAGAUUUGGUACAGUGUUUUUAUUGUGGGAUUGGACUUUGUGCGUGGGACUCCGAUGAUGAUCCGUGGGAGGAACAUGCCCGCUCCGCCCCCGGAUGUCUAUACAUAAUAGACGAAGUUGGUCAGGAUUUUAUCAACGGCGUCCUAAGGAAAUUUCACAGGCAGAAAAACACUGUAUCCACCAAAGAAGACAAUCAGAAUACAUCACAAUCCAUUACUGAUACUGUAACAGUUACAGGGAAUACUAACCCCCUUCAGACCGAGGCAGCGCAAUCAGUGCUUGAGGAGGGUUACCUUCCGAGGGUGGUGAAGAUGGCCGUGGAUAAAAUCCUUCACUCAAAAGGUUGGAGUGAACUUACACACUCAGCCCUGGUUGCCCAGAUAAUCGCCAUGCAAGAAUCUGGGGAAAUUGACAAGGAUAAGUGCAUGAAGCCAAAAACCUUAGCCGAAGGAUUGAGGAAGAAGUUGAAAAACCAAGUACCAGAUGACAUCCCUGCCCUCAAGAAGUAUGUUGAGGAGAAGAAACGCUUACUGUAUUGCUGUGUCUGCAAAUUGCUGCCCUGCUCAUUUAUAAUGGUCUCGUGUGGACACAUGGCCUGCAGCCAGUGUUCUCAAUUCCACAGUGCCACCUGUCCUGUAUGUUACAAAGAUAUCACGCGGUAUUAUUCCAUCGUGUUCUAAAGUUCUCAGAUAUUGCAACUUUUUAUGCAUUUUACAGCGGUAAUUUUAUUUUUAUUGUUUUUUUUUUAUGUAUACACACUGUUAAAAGAUUUUGUUUUUUAUACAUAUAUUUAUUUUAUACAAAAUAAAAUUUUGUAUGCCGUUUU